GAACGACGCGAUGUACUCCGCUGCACGUGGUGGGUUCUCAGCCAUUCUCCGACAAGCCGCUGUAGCUCAAAGAAGUCACCUUUCAUCGGCAAACACCAAAAAGAUCCCGAGAAGACGAGGGGAGUAUCUGUACGGAGUUGCUCCUUGUCUCGCUGCCCUGCACACCGGCAAACGACAAAUAUACAACAUAUUUCUAAAGUCUGCCGUCGGCACUAGGACCAGCGAACUCAAGAGUACAGCACUGAGUGAGGUGAGGCGAUAUGCAGAGCGGAGGAGGAUGGAGAUACACUAUGUCAGUAAGGAAACUCUGGAGAGAAUGUCCUCCAAGAGACCACACCAGGGAAUAGUAUUGGAUGUAUCUCCUCUAUCGUGCCGGAAGAUGGACUUAGGCGACUGUCGGCUGGAGAAGGAUAUUCUCUCAGAGAGACUGCCAGUUUGGCUAGCACUGGAUGGAAUUCAGGAUCCGAUGAACUUUGGUGCCAUCUUGCGAGCAGCUUUCUUUCUCGGGGCAGACCGUGUAAUCACCACUGCCAGGAACUGUUGUUCCCUGAGUCCAGUGGUUAGCAAGGCCAGCUCUGGAGCCAUGGAAAUGACAACUGUCUUCUCAAUUUCUGACAUGUCAGGCUUUCUCUCAACAGCGCAGAGCCAUGGUUGGGAAGUGGUCGGUACGUGUAGUCCUGAAGCAGUGGAUAAGCUGACACCGAUUCCUGUCCAAGAUGUGACUCACUAUCGUCUUCGCAGCCCCACCAUGCUAGUACUAGGUAAUGAAGGGUAUGGUGUUCGUAAGGAGCUCAGUCGGUCAUGCACAGCUCUGCUGACAAUCCCUCCACUGAGGCCGCUUCCACCUGGGUUCGACUCCCUCAAUGUGGGCGUCGCUGCCGGGAUAAUCCUUCACUGUCUGCAAACGUCACAACAAACUUGACUAUAAUUAUACUGAUGAGUGACUGUGGUUUUCAAAGAGCAGUACCACGCAUGCGCAGGGUUUACACUUUAGCACUUUUCAUUACACUGGGAGCAAAUAUUAUAUUGAUGGCACUUGGUGAGGAAAACUUUCUAAUAUAAGAGCGAGGCUCUGAAGGAAAAAGGAAACUACCCUGAGGAUUGUCUGAUCCUGGAUGCUGAGCAGACCUGGGCGAAAGACUGCUGACUGUCAUCCAAACGUGGUUCAGCUCUUACACACAAUGUCAUGCAUAUAUACAACUGCUUUGUUUGUAGCUAAGCGCCUGCGCUGCGCUAUGUUGUGCACCGGCCAAUAAUAUUAUGACUUUUGGAAUAUGAUAUUAGGUUUGAUCAUUAAUCAUUAACAAGAAACAAGAAAGGUCAUAAUUUAGUGUGAGGUUCGCUCUUCUCCUUCCUCCUAUCUUCCUCGUCCAGUGGUCGGUUACUGUAGAAAACGAGGUCCUUCUUGUUGGCAAAGAAGUGUGGAAAAGAGACUGGCUGGAUGAAUGAGCCACUGGCUAGCCCGUCUUUAUAGGACUGGGCUAUGAGGCGAUUGGUUGUGGUCGUUUCUGGGUCACCUAUGUAUGCAUUCACAUCCGUCCACUUGGCCUCAGCAAUCUCGGCUGGGUUGACAGUGAUGUCUGUGGUGAGGGGACGGAGGAGACAGACAAAGUAGAUGUCGUCCGUUCCCCAGCGGUACUCGUGCAUGUGUCUGAAACACAGCAUUGCCACAAACUCUGUCUUCACUCCCGUCUCCUCGAACGUCUCCCGAAUGGCAGUCUCCCACAAUUCUUCCCCUUUCUCGGUGUGUCCUCCGGGCAGUUUCCAGUGUCUCAGGGAAAGUCUUUUGAGCCACUUCUCCUGAACUAGGAGAACCUGGCCCUCCGCAUUCACCACAAACCCUGCCACACCAAUGUAGUGGUGUGCAAAGUCAGGGAGGUUGUUGGGCUCAGAGGUGGGGAGCCAUUUGGUCAUCAUGAGGUGGUCGCAGUGAGCAUGGUGGAACUGGAGACCUAGCUUCAUGGAGAGA